CACUCACACACACACACACACAUACUCAUACACACACACACACACACACACACACACACUUAUACACACACACACACACACACACACACACAUGCAUACACCCUCACACUCUCACACACACACACACACGCAUACACACUCACACUCACACACACACACACACAUGCAUGCAUACACCCUCACACUCUCACACACACACACUCACUCACUCACACACACACAUAUACUCAUACACACACACACACACACACACAGGCAUACACACUCACACUCUCACAUACACACACACACACGUAUACACACUUACCACACACACCCAAACACACACACACACACACACACACACAUACAGAUGUGGACACACACACACUCACACUCACACACGGACACACGCACACACACGCGCGGGCACACACACUCAUACAUACUCACGCAUACACGCACACACACAAACCCACACCAAAACACACAUUCUCACAUACACACAGACAAACGCAUUUGCUGGCAAUCACUAACAUGUUGAGGGGCUCACACGUUGAGGGGCUCACACGUUGAUGGGCUCACACGUUGAUGGGCUCACACGUUGAAGGCCUCACACGUUGAAGGCCUCACACGUUGAGGGCUCACACGUUGAGGCCUCACACGUUGAAGGGCCUCACACGUUGAUGGGCUCACACGUUGAAGGCCUCACACGUUGAAGGCCUCACACGUUGAGGGGCUCACACGUUGAUGGGCUCACACGUUGAAGGCCUCACACGUUGAAGGCCUCACACGUUGAGGGGCUCACACGUUGAAGGCCUCACACGUUGAAGGCCUCACACGUUGAAGGCCUCACACGUUGAUGGGCUCACACGUUGAAGGCCUCACACGUUGAAGGCCUCACACGUUGAGGGGCUCACACGUUGAGGGGCUCACACGUUGAGGGGCUCACACGUUGAGGGGCUCACACGUUGACGGGCUCACACGUUGAUGGGCUCACAUGUUGACGGGAAAAUGAACACUUGGGAAAAAUGGAAAUAACUGCUGGAGUAACAGAGACCAAAAUUCACAAUCACACCUCUCCACCCCAGCCUCCCCCCCCCCCCAUCGCUGGCCAAUACUCUCACGCAACGGGGCCCGCGCUGAGGUAGGGGGAGGACCCGGGGCCCCCAGUGACCCCUAAAAACCCUGGACUCCUCACAGACUCAGAACAAACGGACCAUCUCAUACCCGCUGACACAGACUGCCGCCAAAAAUCAGAUCUCACCGGAUUCUCGGAUUCCAUCGCUCCCUUCUGAUCCAAGACUGAACCAGAACCAGAACCAGACCCGGACAACAAACACCAACUAAAAAAGAACAACAAACUCAAUAGAUUUUGGGGUCAAGUCAAUUUCAGACUCACUCAAAUGAGGACAUUCACUGAAAUUCCAUUUGCCAAAUUGAAAAAAAAAAAUCAUUCCGUGAGGAUUUUCCGGGUAAAAUUAGAAUUUCAGUUCAUGUCCCGGACCUGACUGGAUUGGGAAGGGAACAGACUCCGGUCCCGGGACGCCCGCCCACACCCCCGCCCUUCGCUCCCGGGACGCGGGGAACCUCCUUGUGCUUUACGUGGCUUGGUGUUUUUUUCUCUGUACGCUGUACUACGCUGUCCGACAACAGGCUUUCCCGGCUCCGCCGAGCUUUCUACUGCACUCUCUUCAGCUUCACCUACCAAAACUACUACAAACAAACAAAAAGACUACCAAAAUAAAAGAGCCAAAAAAAAAAGUUUAAAGUAGCUUUAAAAAAAAAAAAAAAAAAGGUCAUAUUGAUGUUGGUGAUUAUACAGUGCAGUAUGUAACAGUUUUGUUUGUUUUUGUUUGCCAAACCAAGUUUUGACUCACCAAAGCCAGUAUACCUCAAUCACGGGCAGUGUGAAUUCCACUGUUUUGUUUGUUGGCCAUUGACCUUCGUUGCACUCUCCUCAGUAGCCCCAAACGUCUCGUUGCCAUGGUUCUGGGGGAUUUGAUUGAAUCCAUUUUAGCCCUUUCAAGAGUAGGUUUUUUUAGAAUGUUUUUUUUGUUGUUUUGUUUCCAAAAUUCUAAGUCAGUGUUCUAGAACGCCAUUGUUUCAUUUAACAGCAUUGAUUGUUACAUCAGCAUUAGAAUGUUCGGUUAUGAACGUUCUAAUCACAUAUCCGUGAUCUCACACCUUAGUGGGUUAAUUUGUUUUAUAUUGUAUGUACUUGUGAGCUAUUCACAUACUCAUUUCUCCACUUGUCACCUGGAGAAAGCUGCACUCCUGGAGGGUGACCAAUGUGUAUGUCAUUAUGACAUCACAAUGCGUGACAGGAGAGGUCCAGCCAGGGGGAAUCCUACCGCUGUCUGUCCGGCGGAUCCAGAAAAGCACGUUAGCCUGUUUGGCUAAAGGCCUUCGCUGAGGUGCCAAAGGCCGCUCUCGUGGAGUGAGGACAGCAGCGACAGUCUACACACACAUUACUGGCAAACUAACUGCGCUGUGAUGCGCAUCUACUACAUCCAUCCAUCCAUCCAUUAUCUAUGCCCACUUAUCCUGGGCCGGAUGACGGGGGGUGCUGGAGCCUAUCCCAGCGGUGCAUUAGAUGACAGUCAGGAAAACACCCUGGACAGGCCGCCAGUCUAUCGCAGAGCGUCUCUAAUACAUACGCAGGUAUUGGUUUCCACCGGUUACCGCUUGCUGUCUCAGCUAGGCAGUUGUGUAACCCAACGCUGGCUCACUCACAGAUUAAAUUCGAGUAAAAUGAUUCAUACAAAGAUACGGCUGUCAUUCCCGAGCGACACAUUUAGCUGAAGCAGCACAUCACGUAAACGAGUGGGCCAGUUAAAUAAACGAGAGCGGAAGUUGGCAUGGAAUCCAGAAACGUAAGCCCUUCCUUGCCCAGCCCUGUCCGACAUCCUGGUUUUGCACCACAUCCAGGUGACUCACCCUCCUUUCUGUGUGGGCUGUGGCAGUGUUUCCUCUGCUGAGCAAGCUGAAGUGUAGGAAACACCUUUCUGCGCUCUUAAAGCCCUGAACCCUGAACUUGUUACGCCAGACUGGAAUCUGAAAUUAAAGGUUUGGGUUUCCCGUGUGAAAAAUAUCAGCGAGUAUUUGCUCUCCUGUGAAAGUGCUUGGUUGGACAACCUUGGCUUUCAGUGGAUCGCGUGUCCUUAUACGGACCUAUAUAUGCCCUGGUACGUCCUCUGAAACCUCCUCCCCCGGGUCUGCGGUUACCACAGAAGGACAGUUUGAGCAGCUGCGUACGGUUAGAGAUCGACCAAUAGGAGCACAGGACCCCACCGCACACGGAUGGUUCCGGCGCCUUUUCCGUUCGUUUACCGUCAGUCCUUCCUGAGGUCUUCUCCGCCUAGACCUUGGCUCCUUUGCCUCGUCCCCACAUUAGAACCUUUCUGCAAUUUGAGCCGUCCUUCCGUACCGUCUCGCAAGGGCGAUUAUUUAAUCAAACUGUCCUACUGUGAACAUGAAGUAGACGACAUGAAACGGAAGUGAAAAAGAGCUAGAUUAUCCCUGGAACUGUCUACAGUCGGGUGCCAUGCGGCUGAAGGCCUGGGAUCCAGCGGCGAGGAGGCGAGAGUGGGAGGCGAUGAGGAGACCAGACCGGCGGAGGUGGAGCAGAGGGAUCAGAGGGAGAGGGCUGCAGUACAGGAGGAGAUCUGAAAAGUAAAGGGGAGCCAGUUCGUGGAGCGGUUUGAACGAGGACCAGUCUCGCGCCGCAGCCGCAAUACUGAACCAGAGGAUUUGAGCAUCACUCAGGCUCGCGAGCGAGAGGAACAGUUCAACGCAACGCAUCCCUGACAGCAACAUAAACGCACAAAAAAGACUGGAGAGCUGUUUGCACGAUCGAGUUUUACACCGACCGAAAUCUAACCGGUGAAGAUUGCUAUUCAUGGAAAUAAAAUAGAGACCUGCCAUUUUCAUUUGUUUUUUAAUUUUAUUUUGUUUAUUUUUUCUGACAGUAACGCAGCCCUUUUGAAUCCCAAAAUGGCUGAGAUAACCAACAUAAGACCGACGUACGAGGUGUCCCCAGUGCUGGCGGGGUUCCUGGGCGCGGGGGUGCUGGUGGUGUCUGUGACGGUCGCCGUGUUCCUCUGGACCUGUUGCCAGCGGCGAUACCGGCAGCUGACGGGCAGCUACAAGCUCCGCGGCGACCGGGUGGACCCGGCGACGGACCCGCCCUACAAGUUCAUCCACAUGCUGAAGGGCAUCAGCAUCUACCCGGAGACGCUCAGCAACACCAAGAAGAUCGUGCGCGUGGGGCGGCGCGGGCGGGGGGGGCGGGGCGAGCGGGACCGCGAGUGGGGGCGGGGCGUGGGCGGGGCCGGGGGCGGCGGCGGCGCGGUGCUGCUGGUGGACGCGUCCGGGAACGCCCCGCCGGACGCCCACGCCCCGCCCAUGCCCCGCCCCGCGCAGGCGAACCGGCUGGAGAGGGAGCUGCCCAUCAGGGCCGACUACUGCUGCCUGGACAGCAGCUCGGCCAGCAGCAGCGAGGCCAACAGCAAGACCGCCUCCCCCUUCACCCCCGGCGACGGGCCCGGGCUGGGCACCCUCAGCCUGGCCGUGGACUACAACUUCCCCAAGAAGGCGCUGGUGGUGACCAUCCUGGAGGCGCGGGGCCUGCCGGCGGUGGACGAGGAGUCGGGCAGCUCCGACCCCUACGUGAAGAUGACCAUCCUGCCCGAGAAGAAGCACCGCGUGAAGACCCGCGUGCUGCGCAAGACGCUGGAGCCCGUCUUCGACGAGACCUUCACCUUCUACGGCGUGCCCUACAGCGCCCUGCCCGAGCUGGUGCUGCACUUCCUGGUGCUCAGCUUCGACCGCUUCUCCCGCGACGACGUCAUCGGCGAGGCCGUGGUGCCGCUGGCCGGCGUGGACCCCAGCACCGGGAGGGUGCAGCUCACCCAGCGCAUCUGCAAGAGGAGCAUACAGUGUGUAAGCCGUGGGGAGCUGCUGCUGUCUCUGUCCUACCAGCCCGUCACUCACAGGCUGAGUGUGGUGGUGCUGAAGGCCAAACACCUGCCCAAGAUGGACAUCACAGGCCUGUCUGGCAACCCGUACGUGAAGGUGAACGUGUUCUACGGCCGCAAGCGCAUCGCAAAGAAGAAGACGCACGUGAAGAAGUGCACGCUCAACCCCGUCUUCAACGAGUCCUUCAUCUAUGACGUGCCCGCCGAGCUGAUGCCCGACGUCUCCGUGGAGUUCCUGGUCAUCGACUUCGACCGCACCACCAAGAACGAGGUGGUGGGCCGGGUGGUGCUGGGGGCCCACAGCCCCAGUUCCUCUGGCGCCACCCACUGGCGGGAGGUCCUCGAUAACCCCCGCCGGCAAAUCGCUAAGUGGCACAACCUCGCGGAGUACUAGCGGCCCCGUGUCUGGGUUGCGCGACUGGGGGGCGUCUUUCUGAUCAAGGUGACUCCUCUUAAGUCGUACCUUCCCCCCCAAACAAUGCCACAACAACCAGAAAAAAUGAAAGGGGGACUUGUACAGUGAACUGUUUGCAUCAGUAAAAAAAAAAAAAAAAUGAAAAGAAAAAAGAAUUUUAAAAUAAC